AAAACAAUGUAAGAAUAUGAUUUUAUAUACCUAAAUUCAAAAGCUCAAAAGCACUCACAAAAUAUGAUCAAAACAAUCCCAUAAACAUUUUUCAAAUAUCCAAAAGGUUUUAAACUCAAACACGAAGGAUUAUGGGAAUUUUGGAAAAAUCAGGACAGUGGCACGGUACCCCCAAACGGUAGGGUAUACCGCCUACACGGUACCCCUAUACCGUGAGACGGUACCCAGGUACCGUACGGUAGGCCGGAACGGAUGGCCACACCCGCCCUAACUAGGUGCCGCCAGAACCAGACGAAGUUUUUUUGUGCUACACGAUACCGUGGUACCGCCUCUCACGGUACCCCCUACCAUUCUGAUGGGGAUAAUUAUUAUGAACCUCAUGGUGAUCACGAUGACUAUGACCACAACGGGCCUAUAUACGACGAUCAACCUGAUCCUCUUGUCGAAGAAAUAAUAAGAUUGGAACAGAAGAUCUUCUAUUUCGACGAGGUUUUAUUCGCUGAAGGCUCGUGGUACGAACCACCUUACUCCCGUGACUACACCUUGUUUGCUGAAGAACAAAUUGAAGCAAACAAGGUGGCAAUUCGAGAAAGAGCAAAACUUCUUGAAUCAGUCCGGAAGGAGAAGGUGUUCGAAAGGAGAUUAUGUGAAGGAUCAGAAAUGAUGCAGAAAAUGCUGGACGACUUUCAAAGAGAGAGACUAGAAGCUGAGGAUAAAGCUGAUAAAUUAGUCAAUGAUGUCCACAAGGCUAUUGAGCUUAAACGCUCCCUCCAACCUCAAGAUCCACAAUUGGAGGAAAAACCCGAGGGCAUAUCAACUCUUGCUGGGGCUACUGUGGUGAUGUUAUCCGAAUACCCUCUAAGCCAAGUCCCAACCGGCACAGUCGUACAAGAGGUGGAACCAACUGAGGGACCUGACUCAGAACCACCUAGCCUUAUUCAAGAAAAGAAGGAGCAGGAAGUUUUGCCUAUGGCAAUAAACGACCAUCUCAUUAAUUGUGUUGAAGACACGCCUCCAGAGGAAUCUGUUCUGGAGGAAAUAGAGCCCAUUACCUGCCCCCAAGAUACCAAUGUCCAAGAGUCCAAGAGUUGGGAUGAACUUCUAAUGAGUGACACUGAAGACUCAUCCAUGGGGGAAGGCACGGUCAUAAUCAUCAAACCACAAACAGAUAGUCAGCUCGUUGAAGACAAUGAAGAAAUCAAUCUCGCUAUGAAGGCCAAUGAUGUGGAUCAACUAAGGAGACUUCCGCCCCCACCCACAUAUACAAAGUCUCCUCCAUAUAUCCUGUUGCCACCAAGCCGCAGGGAUGAGUCAAGGAUCCUGGACCUUGACCAAGCAAAAUAUCAAACAAGGUGGCACCAGAAGGGAGUCAGAAGGGCCAAACUUUAUGACUCUCGGAUCGGGAAGUCGCGGAAAAAGUGGAUGGAUGUUGCUUGGAUGAUCCCGCAUGGAAACCGCCGCACAUUACAGAAUCUGGAAGAGCUCCCCUUGCACUCAGAAGAAGCAAGGAAGAAGUUUCUCACUUGGGGAAACACGAAGAUGCUCCAGCCUCCCAUGGUGUUAGACCCUGCCUAUCUGGAUGAACUGGGGCACUGGCAGGACAUUGAUGAAUUGCUGUACGACCCAAAAUGGAGGAUCUUGCUAUUCCUGCAUGCUCUAGCCAGCCUGGAAGUCACCAUUGAGUUUCUUUGCUCUCUCCGCUUCCUCAAUGACGGAGAGGAAGUAAAGUCAGCAGUUGAAGUCACCUCCACCACCAAGGUCAUGUUCACUCUAAUGGGACGACUGCUGAACCUUACCGUGGCAGACUUAGGGUGGCUGAUUGAUCUUUACACGCUUGAUGAAACGCGGAGCCUAGCCUUCACUAAUCUGCCCGACCAGUUGGAUCCAGAAUUCGAUGCUAGAAAGUUCUGGCAAGCUCAUGGGCAUGGUCGAUUCCACAGUGGAGUAAGCUUAGCUAGGAAUUGGGCACGACCGUCUUGGAGGAUUUUGCACCAUGCAUUGGCUCUUAGUUAUUUCGGCCGCUCUCAAGAACCUGAUGUUGUGUUUAAUUCCGAUAUGCUAUUUUUCUGGAGUCUGGAAGCUCAGGUUCCAGUCAAUCUAGCGACUUUUGUGGCUCGAUUCCUAUUUGCUCAGUCAACUUGCAACCACCAGUUUGUCUUGUGUGGGCCAAUGGUUACGCUUCUGGCCCGAGGAUUAUGUAUGUCCGUUCCCAAUGUUCUUCCAGAAGCUGCAAGCAUGUUCCGACCACCGACACAGUAUUUGGCCCAGAUUGUUUAUAAUAAGGAAGACAAGGAGGCACGUCCUAGAAGGCAGCAUACGAUUCCUAUGACCCUUCGCGAGCUUUCGCAAGCUAUGUUUGCAUUUCAAGACUCUGUAGACUCUCGCUAAACAAAGCAAACGUCAAGGAUAGUGAGAUCCUU